AUGGCUAAGAACAAGGUUAAGAAAGGAAAUAAGAGCAAGGGUGCUAAGAAGCCCAGCAUUCCUCCAAAGGCUCUUCCCGUGACACUUCUUUCCGGGUUCCUUCAUAUCCUCCGAAGUGAACAUGGCCUCCGCAUUGCGGUAGUAGUCAACGACAUUGGAGCUAUCAACGUCGAUGCCUCUCUCAUCAAGAAAACACAUCAUCUUUCAAAAACCCAAGAGAAGGUUAUCGCUCUUCAGAAUGGCUGUAUCUGCUGCACCCUCCGCGGUGAUCUUCUGGAAGAACUCGUUCGUGUAGCUCAACUUCAAGAGUUUGACUACAUCAUCAUUGAGAGCAGCGGUAUCAGUGAGCCAGAGCAGGUAGCUGAGACAUUCGACUCGAGACUUGCUGAGCAGAUGGACGCUAUGGGAUCCAUUGAGGGUGCACCCGGUCUGGACGCCGAUAUGAUCAAGGUUCUUAAGCAACUCAAGGACGCUGGUGGCCUUGAGAAGUUUGCCAGACUCGACACUACUGUCACUGUCAUUGAUGCUUUCACUAUGUUGCAUGACUUUGACACGAGUGAUCUGCUUUCUUCAAGACGUGACGAUGUUACGCCUGAGGAUGAGAGGACUGUCUCUGAUCUCAUGGUUGAUCAGAUUGAGUUUGCGGAUGUCAUCAUCCUCAACAAACUCGAUAUGGUUGAUGCGUCGACAAAACCUCGCUUGCUAGACUUGAUUAAGAAGCUCAACCAUCGCGCCAAGAUCCUUGAGUCGAGCUAUGGCAAGGUCGAUGUCAAGCAGAUUGUCAACACUGGCAUGUUCAACCUUCAAGUUGCCCAGUCCGGCUAUGGAUGGCUUCAGGAUCUCCAUGCCAUGACCGUUCGGGAGGUCAAUGGUCGUAAUGUGCUUACACCAAAGCCCGAGACUGAAGAGUACUCUGUGCGAAGCUGCAUCUACAGUCGCCAUCGACCAUUCCACCCUCGUCGACUCUGGGCUCUGCUAUAUGACAAGUUCAUCUUGCAGCUCGAGCAGCCCGAAGACGGCGACGAGGGAGAAGAGGAAGAGGAAGAUGAUGAAGAUCUUGAGAUGGUCGACUACCCUGAUGCUGAGGACUCAGCCGAAACUGCUGUAGUCGAUCAAGACACUUCUGACUCCUCUUCAUCCCGAGGAAAGCGCUCAGCCCCAUCAUCACCUCGAAGCUCCCAUUCCACCCUUGAAUCUGCCCCUUCACCCGAACCUGCGUCCAAGAAGCAAAAGUUUGAUGACUCAGAAAUGCAAGACGCAGAUGACCUCUUCACACCUUCUAACGAAGUCAUUCUCGAAACCAAGCGCAAACAUCCCAUCUUUGCUCGUCUCUUCCGCUCAAAAGGUGAAUUCUUUCUCGCAACACGGCCCCACCGCGCAGGUGACUGGUCUCAGGCUGGAGCUAUGCUCACACUAACCGGUGGACGUCCAUGGUUCUGCACCCUUCCCGCGGAGGAGUACACGACUGGUGACCCCGAAGUUGAUGGUCUUGUGCAACAUGAUAUCAAGAAAGGUGGAGAGUGGGGUGAUAGACGUCAGGAACUCGUGUUUAUCGGAGAGAACUUGGAUCACAAGGCUCUUGAGAAGAUGUUGGAUGAGUGUUUGCUCACUGACGCUGAGUUGAAGAAGUGGGAAAAGGUUAUGAGGAAUGAGAAAAAGAGUGAUGAGGAGAAGCGUGAGGCGCUAGAGGACCUGUUUGAUGAUGGGUUCCCCGAUUGGCCGGAGGAUGACGAGCAUGAGGACCACGAAGGACAUGACCACCCAAAUGGUUUGAGGUCGAUAAAGAAGCACUUACAAGAGGUUGACUAA